GACAGCCAGUCAACUUCAAAAGCAGCCAGGAGAACUUCUUUCUUGCUAACUUUGGGAAGGAAUUAAAAAAUGCUGAAAGGUGCAGAUGAUGUUGUUAUGGAGCAGGAGGACUCUGCUUCCCGACAUGGAGAAAUGACAAGUUGGGAUAUCAAUGACAUCAAACUUCCCCAGGACGUAAGACAGAUAGACUGGUUUCAAGAAUGGCCAGAUUCCUAUGUAAAACAUAUCUAUAGCUCAGAGGAUAAAAAUGCUCAGAGGCACCACAGCAGCUGGGCCAUGAGAAACACCAACAACCACAACUCUCGCAUCUUAAAAAAGUCCUGCCUCGGGGUGGUGGUCUGCAGCAACGACUGCUCGACUUUGGAUGGGAAGAAGAUCUACCUAAGACCAGCCAUAUGCGAUAAAGCUAGGCAGAAACAACAGCGGAAAUGCUGUCCAAACUGCAGUGGGCCCCUGCGGCUCCUUUCCUGCCGAGGCCAUGGUGGAUACCCAGUUACCAACUUCUGGAGGCACGAAGGCCAAUUCAUAUUUUUUCAGUCCAAAGGAGCUCAUGACCAUCCACGUCCAGAAACAAAACUAGAAGCAGAAGCAAGAAGAUCAAUCCAAAAAGCACAGAUGGCUUUUUCUCCAUCUUCUCCAAGAUUAAAAAGAAUCCAGGAGAUUGAGUCUCUGACAGGUGCAAUGCCGACGCGGGAGGCUUUGCCUUUGCUUCUUUCCGAGCCGGAUGCUUACGUGCUGCCUGCUAAUUUCGGGAGACGUUUAAGCAAAAGCUCCCAGGAGCUGACACCGGGCAGCCGCUCCGGGCAGCCGCCAUACCCGAGAGCAGCCGGGGAGGACGGGGCCUGCGGCGAGGCGCCGACCUGGAGCAGGAUGGCGCGCGUCCUGCCCGUGACGGAGGGCGGCCGCGACCACUUCUUCGGGCCUGACGCCGGCCCUUUGGGGGACGACUCCCGCCAGGAGAACCCGCCGCUGGCCUACGGCGGCCGCCGGCUCCCUCCGCCGCCCUACCCUGCCCCUCAUGGCGGGCCCUGCCCCGCGGCCAGCGGGGCACACCGCCUCCGCCAGCUUUUGGCUCCUCCGGGGGGGAGCGAAGGAGACGGGGGCGAGGGAGGGCGCCGUAUGGGUCUCAACUGCUGCGGCGACGACACGGUUUUUAACCUGUACCCCUUACGGUGA